GAUUGUAUCUCAAGAGGGUAAAUUUGUAAUUUCGACAAAUAAGUUAGAGUUAAUAUUGUAACUUUGUAGAAGAAUGGAAGAAGAAGGUAGAACUUCAAUGGAGUUAUUCACAGCUUCAAUGGAGGAGGAAGCAGAUUCAAUGGAGUAAUCGAAGCUUGGGAAAUAGUUUCAAUGGAGGAUGACAAUAACCUUUUCCGUUUGGGGUUAACCAUACCCUAAUUUUUCUAUUUUUUCUUAGGGUUUUCGUUUAAUUCGGCGGCGAAGCCAUCGGAAAUUUAGUGGUGGAGAUGGUGGUUUAUGCGCAGCUCCAAUGCAGGAGGAAAAGCAUGAGUAGAUGGAGGAGGAAACUAGUAACAAUGGUGAUUUGCGAAUUUCGAUGACGGAGAUAAACAGGAAAGAUGAAGGAGAAAAACAGGGAAAUAAAAGUACAGAAAAAAAAGGUACAACUAGAAAAAAUAUAAAAUAUUAAAAUUAUUGAUAUUAUUCACAAUUGUGCCAUCUUUGAAAAACAAUUAUUUUGUUUCUCAAGAAGAGAAACUGAGGCAGCCCCAUUAAAGAGCGCCCAAAAUGGUACACGUACGCUUCACUUAAGCAUGCAACAAACCAUGUGUCACAUACUCAAAUACACAUCAUGAUCAAAUCAACCGCAUGCAUGCUUUAUCCUUGACCAUCUUCAAUUGAUUCUUUGCAUUACAAAAUUAUAUAAACCGGCCGUGAAAAAGGUAAUACACAACACGGCCGUGUGAGUUUGGAGAGAAAGAAAGACAUUGAAGAUGUGGAAAAGGUGGAUUAUUGGAGGGAAUCAGGAGCUGAAGAGAUUAGCAAUAGAGCGAGUACAGAAAGUAAGAGGAUACUCUACUAAAAGGGACGAUUUUCCUACACUUGAAGGCCACCCUGCUGCCCAAACUCAUGCAGAGGAAGCCGCAACAUCACGAAGGAGAGUGAAGCAACACGCAACGCCGACGACUCAGGCUCAACCGCUGCCGAAAGAGUUCCAAAUAUACCGUUGGAACCCUGACUUGCCCAACCAAAAACCCUUUCUUCAGUCCUUCUUCGUCGACCUCUCCACCUGUGGCCCCAUGGUAUUGGAUGCGUUGCAAAAGGUAAAAGCAGAGGAUGACUCAAGUUUGAGUUAUAGAAGAUCAUGCAGGGAAGGAAUUUGUGGGUCCUGCUCUAUGAAUAUUGAUGGCCUUAACACUGUGGCUUGCCUUAAGCCCAUUGAUUCUGAUAUUACUAAGCCUACCACCAUCACUCCCCUUCCGCAUAUGUUUGUUAUCAAGGAUCUCGUCGUCGAUCUCACCAAUUUCUAUAAUCAGUACAAGUCGAUUGAGCCGUGGCUAAAGACGAAGAAGGGACCAGAGGAUGGGCGUGAGCAUAGGCAAUCGCCCAAAGAUAGGAAGAAGCUUGAUGGAUUGUAUGAGUGCAUAUUGUGUGCAUGUUGCACCACUUCAUGCCCUGCAUAUUGGUGGAAUCCAGAGAAGUACUUGGGUCCAGCAGCUUUGAUUAACGCAUAUCGAUGGAUUUCGGAUAGUCGAGACGAUUAUACCAAGGAGAGAUUACAAGCUAUAACAGAUGAUGAUAUGAAAUUGUACAGCUGCAGAGUUAUCAAGAAUUGCACUGCAGCAUGUCCUAAGAGCUUAGAUCCUGCCUCUGCCAUUAACAAAAUGAAGAUUAAGGAUAAGCUUUUGAUAUGAGUAUGAUAACAAGUAGCAAAUUUAAAUUAUGUAUGUUCAUUUACUGUUGUAUUUUUUUUUAUUAAUCUUGCUUAAUUUCCUUAGUUUUUUGGAUUACCAUCUUUCUAUAAGCUAGUCUUUAAGUUUAGCCGCUUGGAUGUUAUGAAGUUCUUUCUUGCUGGUAGACUGCACUACAAAAUAACAAUUGUAAUUUAAUUGGUAAUCGGUAAGAAAGAGUUUGAUUGUACAAUGGUAUUCACCGUACAAUCGUGCAAGAU